AUGCUUGUGGUUCUGGCCCUGACAUUGGCUCUUCGAUUAGUGCAGGCAGCUAAUGCUAUAGCGAGCACAAAAGAUGAUGAUGACAAGUGUCCUCCUGUUUUCAAUUGUAACCUAGCCAACUUUGAAUGCAAGCAGUUUUCUGCGUGUAACGAGUUUACAGGUCAAUGUGAGUGUCUAGAUGGAUUUGGUGGACCCGAUUGCUCGGAGCCUCUCUGUGGAGGCUUGCAAGAUGGGCGUAAUCGUCCAUUGAGACCAUCACCCGAGGAGCCAUGUGAUUGUGAAGCAGGAUGGGGUGGUAUCAACUGCAACCUGUGUUUGGAAGAUUCGGUUUGCGAUUCGUUCGUACCUGGUGACCUCAAAGGAACUUGCUAUCAAUCUGGAAUAAUUGUCAACAAGUUCCACCAACUCUGUAAUGUAACCAAUGCAAAGAUUUUGCAGAUAUUGAAUGGUGACUUGCCCCAAGUUACCUUUAGUUGCAACAAGACAGCACAAGCUUGUGACUUCCAGUUCUGGAUUCAGGAAGAUGAGUCUUUCUAUUGUGGAUUGUCAGACUGCAAUUUGGAUUAUGAUCUCGCUGCAAAUACAACUCACUAUCGAUGUGACGAAGUUUCAUGUAAAUGUCUUGCUGGCAAAACCCUGUGUGGAAAGAGUGGCUCAAUUGAUAUCUCUGACUUCCUUGUAGAGACUAUUAAAGGACCAGCGGACUUUUCUUGUAGUCUGGAAGGACAGGACUGCAAAUUUUCUGAACCCAGCAUGAACGACUUGAUUCAAAAUGUCUUUGGUGACCCAUAUAUCACACUUCAUUGUCAAUCUGGAGAAUGCCUGCACAAAAGUGAAAUCCCCGGUUUUGACAUUCCUCACAAAAGAAGGCACACUUCAAGAGACUUAGAAGCUUUGGCCAUUGCCGUGGUUGCUUCGGGCAUAAUUAUUAUUGCAAGCGUCUAUGGAAUUUCUAAAUCUCCUCUCUUUUCACGGUCUCCCCAGAGCCCAACUCUUGGGGAUGAUAAUGGAGAGGACGGUACUGAUGGAGACAGUUUUCUGCAAACCAAGAAUCCAGUAGUGUUCUCGUUUGAUAGUGUUUCUUAUGAGAUUGACGGAAAAGAAGUUCUUCAAGAUUCUAUGGGAUCUGUAAAUCCUGGAGAAUGCCUGGCAAUAAUGGGAGGAUCUGGUGCCGGUAAAACAACUCUAUUGGAUAUACUUUCGGGUAAGAAUAAAACGGGUUCGAAAACUGCCAAUCUCUAUUUAGACGGUGAAAAAUUGACUACGAAGAAACACCUCGACAGCUUCAGUGCAAUCAGUGGCUUUGUUGACCAGGAGGAUUGUCUUAUUCCAACCUUGACAGUUUACGAAACAGUUUUGAACUCUGCCUUGUUGAGACUCCCUCGUGAUAUGUCUACUGCCUCAAAGAAAAUAAGAGUUUUAGAAAUUUUAUCUGAGUUGCGUAUUCUGCAUAUUAAGGACAAGGUGAUUGGCUCUGACUUUGAAAGAGGGAUUUCAGGAGGUGAAAAAAGAAGAGUGUCUAUAGCGUGUGAGUUGGUUACAUCUCCUUCGUUCUUAUUCUUAGACGAACCAACGUCGGGAUUGGAUGCUUUUAAUGCUCACAAUGUAAUCGAAUGUUUGGUUAAACUGGCCCGUGAUUUCAACAGAACUAUUAUUUUCACCAUUCAUCAGCCAAGGUCGAAUAUUGUGGCACUCUUCGAUAAGCUAAUACUUUUAGCAGACGGUUAUUUGGUGUACUCUGGCCAAAUGGGACAUUGCAACCAAUUUUUCCUUGACCAUGGAUACAAAUGCCCCACAGGGUAUAACAUUGCCGACUUUUUGGUUGAUAUCACCACCGAUGAAAGAGUAAUAUCCGUAUUGGACCAUUCUGAGGAAAACGACAUCCAUAAAGUCAUCGAGAGUUCCGAUAGUUUAGGUGAAAAUCUUUCCAGAGAGUGGGAGCACUAUGCUGUACAUCGAGAAGAAUACCAAGAAUCGCCUUCAUCCUCCAAAACCAAGCGUAAGAUUCAUAAACUUUUUACAUCAUCGUCGCUCUAUGAGCAAUUAAAGUCCGAAAUUGAGCAUCUGCAUGAGCAGUUCUCCAGCAACGGAUUCAAAUCGCUUGUCAACCAAGAACGACCCAAAGGGGCCACUUUUGUUCAACAACUAUUGAUUUUAUGCUCAAGAACAUUCAAGAACACAUAUAGAAAUCCUAGAUUAUUGUUAUCGCAUUACGUGUUAUCGAUUACAAUGGGAUUAUUCUGUUCUUACCUCUACUAUGAUGUCGCCAAUGAUAUCAGCGGGUUCCAAAAUAGGUUGGGGUUGUUCUUUUUCCUUUUGACUAUGUUUGGGUUUUCUUCCUUGACUGGAUUACACAUCUUUUCCAUUGAACGAAUUGUCUUUAUUCGAGAGAGAGCAAAUCAGUAUUACCAUCCGUUAAGUUACUAUUUGAGUAAGAUGAUUUGUGAUGUGGUGCCUUUAAGGAUCUUUCCACCGUUACUAUUGAUGGUGAUAAUAUAUCCUCUGGUCGGCCUGAACAUGGACGAUGGUAAGUUCCAGAGGUCCCUUCUCAUAAUGGUACUUUUCAACCUAGCCACUUCGAUAGAAGUCUUCAUUAUCGGAAUUGUGUUUGAGGAGCCAGGUGCUGCUACAAUGGUAGGUGUAUUGGUCAUGCUAUUUUCCUUACUCUUUGCGGGAUUGUUUAUCAAUAAGGAGUCCAUUCCGGUUCAAAUAAACUGGUUCCAGAACCUUUCGGUAUUCCAUUACGGAUAUGAGGCUUUGACAGUCAACGAGGUGAACGGAUUGAUGUUGAGGGAACACAAAUAUGGUUUGGACAUUCAGGUUCCAGGAGCUGUGAUAUUGAGCACAUUUGGUUUUGAUGUAGGAGCUCUUAACAUUGACAUAAUAUCCCUGGCCGUAAUGUUUGGAAUCUUCGUUAUUUUGGGAUAUGCAGCCCUGCAUACACUAGUGUACGAGAGAAGAUAA